AUGAAGCAAAAUAUUGGACGGGGCGAAUUUUCUCAGUUCCCCAAUUUGUCACAGACAAGCUGCCAGGAAGACGACGUUUCAACCUACGUUCAACAUUUAAAUGCUCUCUAUUCAGAUUUUGAAUCUAGGUUUGAGGAUAUUUUGACUGUGGUAGUAACACCGUGGAUAAUUAAUCCAUAUGAGGAACUGACUGAACUAAGUACAAACGAAGAAUUUAAGGUUCAGUUUAAAAACGGAAAUCAGCAUUUCUGGCUGCAAAACAACAUUCCCGUUACUUAUCCCGUAUUAUGGAAUAUAGCGAGGAAAUUUUUAAUUUAA